AGACGACGACGACGACGAAGACGACGAGGCGGGCAGCGGAUCUAUCCGUCCAACACCAGCAGCCACCCACAGCGAGAGGCGACUCGGCUCCCAAGUGAGGUGACCAAUUUAGCGACGAAGGGCGCCGGUCGUUGAUCUCAGACGACGAGGGGGGCGGAGCCGCCGGACACCUUCGAAUAACACCAUCAUCGAUAUCACCACCGCAAACACCCAUACUCACGCUCCUCUCUUUUCACCUAUCACUACCACCAAAGCCUUGACGGCUCGCCCCUUUCCCCCUCUCCAUCCCAUCACACUCCUUUUCUCCCCGCGGACCAACACGACGCGCAGCGCAGCUUCGCAAUCACGAUCCCCACACGACCUCGUAGUCCAAAUCACGCGAUAACAGCGGCGGCGAGUCAGCAGCUUCAUCUCUGACCCCACGCCGCGAUGGCCUGCUGUUGUGGCAAUGCCGCCUGGAAGCGUGAGGAGGUUCCUGAUCACAAGUUCGACUUCAUCGACGUAAGAGACUACCACAAUAAUGGGGCUUGGACGAGAAUGAAGUACGGCUUCGUCUUUGCCCUCGUCAUCAAGUCGUUUGCUGUGUACAUUGCCGACAUCUACACCGCCGUCACGCUGCUUGCAUUCAAUCACUUCAAUGGAAACAUCUACAACAAGGUGCAGGAUAACCCAGACAAUACGGUGCCCGUGCCCAUUCAGUACGGUAAAUGGGUCUUCUUUGGCUGUAUCAUCUUCUCAUUUCUCCUCCUGGCUUACGAGGCGCACAAGUGUCGCGCCAUCGUGCGAUCUCGCGACAUCUCUUACGCCUACACGAAUGUCAUGGCCAACAAUUAUUACUCGCUUCGUUCCUACGACCACUUCUGCCUCUUCUCUCAGAUCAACAAUUCCACCAAGAAGCAAGACGAGAUCGCCUUCUUCAUCUUCUUCACCUUCAAAGGCUGGAAACGCCUUGUAGUCGCAGAUGGUCCCCGUCAAGUCAUCAAUGCGCUCACCUUGUACGGCCUGAUUGAGGUCAACAAGUUCAGCACAAACAUCUACGACUACUACGGUGGUUCGAUCUUCACCGCUAUCAUGUUGCUCACCAUGAUUUUCACCGUCGUCAUCUUCGCUGGGUCGGCAAUUCUGCUUCUCAUUGCGUCGAUCAUGUACCUGCCGCUGCUCUGCUACAUCAAGGGCAACUUGAAGGAGUACUGCUGCCACAAGAUCGACAAGCGUAUCACCGAGCUGGUACACUUCAAGAAGAAGGAGAGGGUAGCCCGUCAGGCGGCCAUUGCGAGAGCCGAGGCAAAAGGGGACUACAAGCAUCUGAUGAACAAGAAGGGCGUCAUUGUCGGGCAGAAGAUGCUUCAGCCUACUCUGCCCAAGGUGGACGUCGACUUGUUCAAUGACGAGAAAGUCUCUCGCUCCGCCUCGCCCUACGGCAACGGCCCGAGUAACGUGUACGGCAAUGGCGGGGCGUACGGGGAAGACUACGGCAGCCAGGCUCAUCUGGUCUUGAACCAAGGACAUGCAGGCGCGCAAAGCAGCAUGGGCCACAGCAACUCCUACGGCGGAGGCCACGCCAUCCACGACAGCCUAAGCCAGCAGCCCAGCUUGCCGCCUAGCGCGCAGACUAGCCCGGAGACGUAUGCGCUGCAUGUCAAGGGAAGGGGAGGAAUGCCGCCGUCAGCUUCGUCGACUUCUCAGCAUGCCAAUUUGAUGAGCCAGCUCGGGCCCAUAGGGACGAGCCCGCAGCUCUUUGCGCAGCGCAGCAUGGGAGCUGGAGGCGGCGUCGUCGUUCACGGCAACAGCAACGGCUCAGCAUUGGCGCAGCAGCACGACCCAACGAGUUACUCUCGCUCCCCUCUCGCGCCUGCAGACUCGAAUGCGGCCUACCAGCACUCGCAAGCGGGCAACGGCAGUCAGGACGAUUACUAUGCCUACCACGGGCAGAAUGGGGGCAGCGGUGGAAGUGGCAGCAGUCAAGACGACUACUACGCCGCCAAGCCGAAUGGUCACACUGGCGCUACUAUGGCAGGAACGGACGGUGCCUACGACUAUGAUUACGACUACAACGAGGGCGGACACGAUGCGCGAGCGUACAUGGGAGACCUUUCCGAGUAUGCUCCUUACGACGAUGGGCAAGGCGGUUACUCCCGCGAGCAGGACGCCCAAGCCCUCGGCGAUGUCUAUGAUGCGUAUGCCGGGCCGAGUGGGGACAGUCGAGCGGCGAGCUCGUACGACUACUACGAUCAGCAGAAUGGGCAGAAUGGCGGUCAGCAUGGUCAGCACGGGGAAUGGAGCGGAGAUUACCAGCAGGGAGGUGCAGACUAUUAUGCGCAGGGGAGCUAUUAUGACCCGCAGGGAGACGGGCAGGACCAGCACCACCAUCAGCAACACCAGUAUCAAGGCGGACAAGGCGGCGGCGGCCAUCAUCAACAACAGCAGAAUGGGGCUGCUUACUCUUAUUACUAGACUUUGACUCGCGCAGAGGGGCUAGAUUCCCUCUUCACCCUGUACAACUAUGACCGUUUCCCCCUCCCCUUCAAUGCGGCUUCACCGUGACGCCCGCACCGCCGCUAUCCCUCACUCUUCCUCCGUGUCUUUUUCUACACUCUACUGUACUUGUACAACCUCUCUCUCUCUAUUCGCUCCUCACUCUAUUCUCUCCUUAUAACUUCCACUCGCUAAUGCCAUCGCCAUCGCACACCAUUC